CGGGCGGCUCGCGUGCUGAUUGGUGGGCGCGGAAGUCCGUCCGUGCUGGGCGGCGUUCUGCUGGGGAGCCCGGAAAGAUGGUGGCCGAACGCAACAAUCGGCUCAUUGGUGAAAACACGGACUGAGCUCCUGAGGUGAAGCAGCCCUUAAUCCUUUCAGGCCUUCUAGACCCGCUGUUUCCACAUGGCCCUAACCGCCCUGAAGGAGCUCCAGGCUGGGGACCAUGCCCCCUUGCUAGUCUUUGAGGUGGGCAGGAACUCCCAGUUGGACUCCCUGAGCUACCAGUCCCUCGGCAUGCGGCGAGUCUUCGUGAGGUUCCCAGAAGUGUUGUUCAUACACAGGACCCACAAUCCCCGAGGCAAAAUCCUGUACACCUUCCUGGUGGAUGGCCCUGGGGUGCAGCCCGAGAGCAGCCUGACCAGGAUAGUGUAUUUCUCAGUCCCAGUCAAGGAGAACACUGAGGGAUUGGUUCAGCUGUUCCAAACUUUCAAAAAGUUUAACCCUGAGUGGGAGAGAAUUUGUACCAUCCUAGUGGAUCCUUAUUUCUCCCUGUUGCCUGUUCUAGCUAUGGAAUUUCCAUCUGCAGAGAUACUUCUGUCUGCCUUUCAUGUAUGUAAGUUUCUUCAGGGAAAGUUUUACCGACUUGCCCUAGAGCACUCAGUGAAGAAGCUGCUUCUCACCACCCUGAAGAACACUAUGUGUUCAGCCACUGCCAGUAACCUAAAGAAAAUGCACACUCUCCUUAGUGACUCUGUCCCCCAGGACCUGCAGCCUGGCCUUCACCUGAGCUGGCUACUAGAUGACCGGAUCUGGCUGGCACACAGGUGGAGGAGUAAGGCUGAAAGUAUCUGCUACUUUCAGGACUUAGAGAUCACAACCCGGGUUUUAAGCCAAUUCUUUGGUAUUGAAUUGUCUUUGGAAAGGAGUAUCCUUUCUCUGAUAGGGUAUUUGAAGCAGAACAUGGAGAAGGAAGGAGCCUCUAACUCAGACCUGAAUAUCCCAGCCAACUGUACCCCCCCAGAGCCUUCUGUAGAAAUUACCAAGCUCCAAGAGGUGGAAGCCUGCAUCCAACAUUCCUUGCAAACCAUUUGUGCUGAACCUGCUGCCCAGCUCUGCUUAGGAGAGUUUGCUGUGGUCCAGAGGUCUGUACAGCUAAUUGGCUCAAGCACAGACAAGGUGAAUGUCCAGAUCUUGGAGGACAUGCAUGAAGUACACCCUGAAGGUCCAAGCAGCUGUACCUGCCACUUCAGCCAAACAUUUGGCCUGCCCUGCCGCCAUAUCCUGGCUGUCCUUAGCACCCGUCAUCAAGUGCUGCAGCCUGAAAUGCUACCUGAACAGUGGAAACCUGACUGCAGGACACCCCCCGGAAGUGUAGCCAGCCUGGCCAAUAUCCUGGGCAGCAGGUGGAAUGUGGCCCUGGAUAAGGAGCUAGUGGUAGCAUUCCUCACUGGGGAGGUGAGGCGGCUUUUGCUUCAAUGCAGCCGGGAAGAAUUUGAGCGCCGCUACAAUACCCUCCGUGAACUGGCAGACAGCUGGAUUGGACCUUAUUUCCAAGUGCAAGUCUAGAUUUUCCUUCUCUCUGCCAGGUGUACUCUGUUAUGACUCACCUAGUUGUCCUUCCUUAAUCCAGUUAAAGGGAGUGAUGAUUAUUGCCUAGGACAAUGAUAUCAUCUCUAAGCCUCAGUUUUCUCAGCUAUUAAAUGGGGAUAACUAUCCUGCUAACCUACCUCACAGGAUUGUUGUGAGGAAAGCAUUUUCUCAACUAUAAAGUGCUUACAGAAGUAAGAUUUGUUUUUACCCAGUGGGGAAAAGGGAAGGAGCAGUGUACCCCACCACAUUCCAACUUGCUUUGCCAAUACUUUGUACUCUUAUAAGGUCAACUGACCUAGAUGAGGAGAAAGAUUGAAACCAAUGUUACAGGUCAGCCCAGCUGCCCAGUCAACUGACUCUGUCCCCCAUGACCAAGCAAAUCUAAGCAUUUUUGCAACUUAGGCAAGGAACUUUCACCUAUACUCUGGCCCAUUGCCCUACUUGGUCCUUGUGACUAAACCUGAAUGCUGCUGAUGUUAAUAUUGCUCAUUUAGAACCUUAGCCCACCACUUUCCCUGGAAAAGAGUAUUGUUUGUCAUUCCUAACAUUCUGUCCCCUGCCCAUGCCAGCAGGGGAAAUUUGGAUUGGAUAAAGGUUUAUAGUAAAGAUAGUAAGUUGACUGAUUGCUGCUACUGUAGAAUCAGGAAAAGAGUACUACCCCUUCUUCUCCUCCCCAAUCAGUUCUUGUAGCCUUAGGUUAUUGCACUGUUCUCGGGCCAAACCCAUUUUCCUGUAAAAGUGAAUAAACUUCCCAGCACUUGGCAGUAUUGAA